AUGGGAGCGCAGGUGUCAGCUGGCCGGACGAGGAGGAGGUUCACCGCGACCCACCGUCGAUCGGACCUCGCGGCGUCGGAUGUCAACCCCGGCCAUGCCGCCGGCCAGGGGACUGGUGAGCCUGCCUGCGCUGCUGAAGAUGCGGCGCCGCAGACCACGGAGCAGCCUGCGGCUGCAGCUGUGCCUGUGAGCACCGAGGAGCCCCCUGCCGCGGCACCGACCACAGCGAGCAGCCCGGCCAGGGCUGAGGAGGCUACAGGAGCACCUCCCCCAGCGAACGCCACAGAAAGGGAGGGGAGAGCCCCGACCCCUCCUCCUGCCGAGCAGAGCGAAGUCCCCACGCCGCCCCGAGCAGGGGCCGCUUCGACUGCUGGAUCCCCGGGUCUGGCCCGGGGGCCAUGCUCAAGGUGA